AUGACUCCUUUUACGCUGGAGACGCUCUACAAGGCGUCGCCAGCACUACCUGAACACACGCCCGUUCACCGGCCAAUUUGGCACCCUUCAAGCCCCGAAGAAGGAGACUGUCCGCGCACACCACAGGCUCGUCAUUAUGAAGGCGCCCAACUUCACCAGAUUCAAAUCAGAAAUCCCAGGGACCGGGAGACCGAGAAGGGCAAGGACAAAAAUGUCGAGGCUACGGCCACCGCCUUGGCCGCUGCUCUGACCAAUGCCAUCACUGGCGUCGUGACUCAUAGUAUGAUCGAUAUGGAGGCCGCAGAGCAGCAUGGCAGCAUCACCGGACAGGAGAUACUUUUCAGCUACUUCAACCAUGUUGGAUAUAAUAAGAUUGGAUAG